CCGCCACCAGAAGAAGCACCUAAAUUAGUUGAGCAAGUGAAGAAAGAAGAGGCACCAGAGACGACUAAGGCAGAAGAGGCGGCGGGCCCCGAGACAAAGAAGGAAAUAUUAGAAGAACCAAAAGCGGAAACCACGACGACAGGGACAGGGGAACAACAGGGCGAGGUGAAAGCAUGUGUGGAUCACGCGGCGGCGGAGGGUAGUGGAGAAGCAGAUAACCAGAAUCAGAACCAGAUUAUGGAUAAUAAUAAGAUGAUGGGUUCGGGCAUGGAAGAUCACGAAAACAUGAAGAGGAUGAUGUAUCGAUAUUAUCAAUAUCAGCCACUUUACAUUAUCGAACGAAUUCCACCCCCUCAGCUAUUCAGCGAUGAGAAUCCCAAUGCUUGUUGCAUCCUAUAAAUUCCCGGUUCCACUCUCUAUUAUAAAUUUACAAAUCAAAUGUAUUGUAUUGUAUA